AUGAAAGGCAAUCCUGAAGGUGCAUGCAGCUUUUUCCAGAACGAGUACAUGUUGGACUACCAGAUAUCGCAGCUUCGGAAGCCACACAUCGCAGUAAUGGACAGGAUCACGAUGGGAGGUGGUGCAGGCCUGUCCAUGAACGGACCUUUCAGAAUUGCCACAGAGAGGACAGUUUUCGCCAUGCCAGAGUGCGCCAUCGGCCUAUUCCCGGAUGUCGGCGCCUCAAGGUUCCUCAACGACCUGCCCUACAGGAUGGGAAUGUAUAUGGCACUGACAGGAGCACGUUUGAAAGGUGCAGAGGUUAAGGCUGCUGGCUUGGCCACACACUUCAUCGAAUCAGGGCACCUCUCCAGAUUGGAACCGCAGUUGGACGCAUUAGGUCCCAAAGCCCGCGACUGGAGUGUUGUUGACGCAGUGCUGAAGGAAGCAGAGGCUUUGUCCGCACACCCUCCUAUGGAAGAGUUUAUGAAAAAGAUGAAUGCUGUCAGCUCAAUUUUUGGCAAAAACAGCCUGGCACAAGUUGUUGAAGCCCUGCACAGUGGAGAGCCCGAGCACAGAGAGCUUUGCCAGGAGUGUUUGAAUGCGAUGGGAAGGGGCUCGCCACUUUCUAUGGCGCUGGUUUUCGAGCAGCUCACCCGCCUUCGCGACACCGACCUGGCGAACUGCCUUGAGAUCGAAUUCCGACUGGCGCAGAGAUGCAGCAGGGGCGAUGCGGACUUCUGGGAGGGUGUGCGAGCCGUCCUCAUCGACAAAGACCAAAAUCCGAAGUGGAAAUACCCCAGCAUAGACAAGGUCCCAGACGACGUUGUGCAGGAAUUGUUUGAGCAAAGAGCGGACUUAAAAUCGCUAAAUCUCCAGCCCCGGGCGAAGAUGUGA